AUGAUUGCUGCAGCGGUGGUGCUGGUGCUUGUGUAUUGGUACUGUCACUCGGAAUGGCGAGCCUUAGUAAGCCCCGCCUUCAGGAGCAGCCACUGGACCACUUGGACCGCACCAAAACUUGAACCGAUCUCGAACGCUCACUGGCCACGACUGCUCCAAACCAAAACCGGGCCUGCUGGUCCAAUCACCGGUCAGCCGAAGGCAGGCAACAGUGACGGUCCUGGUGCCGGAAUUCCAGGAUGUGAGGAUCCACCGUCUCACUCUAUAAUCCGAACCACCCGCCUUCGUCUCCGGCUGCCGCUGCGAGCUGGCGACGACGCCCUCUGGACGCGCCCACCCCCCCCCCCUGCUCCGCCGGCAUUUCUCACUGGCCGCUCACUCGUCGUGACUGGUCCCACGGAGACCCAAAGAGUGCCGAGCAUCCCUACGAGCUACCCUGCGGUGGUCAUCGUUGUCUAUGUACGACGGCCGAAUCAUGAUCUGAUGGCCCAUGGUUGGGAUGAUUGCGCACGCCUCCCGAUAGGGAUCAUCUCCUUUCAUGGCCACUGCACCUGGGUCUCCAUUUUUUUCCCAUGA